CUUGCCGUGCGGCGGAUCGACAACAACCAACGACCUGCGCCUUCAAUACGGAUGCGCCUGCAGCCUUACUCAUGCCCGCUCACUCAGCCUCGCACCCUGAUCUCCUCGUUGCACUUUUGAAUCCUGAUGCGUAUACAACAAGUGCAUAUUAAUAUUCCCGAUACUGCGACAGAUCCGCCGCCGCAAUUGUAGCCCGGAACCGACGAGGACCUUUCCGACCAACUUCAGGCAGCGCCAGCAGAGCGCAUUGGUGCAUGGGAAGGACAUAGGCCAUGGCGAUAUCAGGCUGGGGAGUGUUCCUCAUCAUCCUCGUGCUCCUAGUGAUCGGAGGUGCUGGAGGCUAUAUUGGCUACACGAGAUGGCGAGCGAACCGCCUAGGUCUACCACCACCACCGCUGAACCCAUUCGCGAAGAGACGAGACGAUGCGACGUAUAGAGCGCCCGCGCCCCGUGCAGGAGGAGUCGUGGGAUGGGUGACUGAUAAGUGGAAUGCGGUGCGAAAUAAGCGCACGGCAGGAGGCGCCUACGAGAGCACCGGAUAUGGUGGUGAAUCAACACGCGGAGGACGAAGAGGCUUCGGACCUCUGGACCCAGACGAGGCAUGGGAUGCGCGCGUGGAUCACGAAGCGUCAGGAUACUACGAAGAGCAAGAACUCGGCCUACAAGAUCCUGCUCAAGGACCCUACGGCGGUCACGGCUACGCUGAGCACAACAACAUUGGAGUCGGCGGCAUUGAAGCUGGGAGAGGGCGAAGCAAGUCGAGACAACGAGAGCUAGACGACCGAUACGAUGAGGAGGUACACGGUGGCAGUUCGCGCCUCAAUCCAUUCGGCGACAACGCGGAAGCGAGCAACAUCAGCAUGCGCAGCAUGAGUCCUCGGCCUGAUGCUGAUACAUCCUAUCACGGAGGCGGGAAAGUGGCGGCAUCCCACAAGAAGAAAGGCAGCACAGACGACAGUCCGACAGAGCGACGCAGCAUGUUCAAGGAGGAUGUGUAGAUGGACUUCGAGAGACGGCAGACCAUUUCGAGCAAACGUGUGCAAGUCAUGCUCGAGAGUGAAAGAGCGAAAAGCCUGUUGUAAUGGCAGAGGAUCUGGACUUGCCCUGUCCUUCCAGUGUUUCCUGUUUCUUGUAUACAUAAUGCACAUGAACGACAGUAACGGCCUGCUGAGAUUGACAAUGUCUCAUCCUGUAUUUCUCGUCCUUCUCGACUGCGGCAUCCUAUAUUUUCUGAGC